UUUUAGUUUCCUAAAAAAUCUUUUUCACACUGUUUAAUGCAAGCUUUCGCAUCGAAAUCGUUCAGUUCGUAACCGUAUUGUUAGCUUCAUCAACCAAACCGAGCCAAUCAUUGUAGGUCGCGUUGCUACAGCAUAUUUCUCCUAUCACCUAUCCUGCGGUGAUGCAGUGCGGUGCAUCAUCAACCACCAUUUGCACGUACAAUUGAAGAGGAAUGUAAACUAAAGUUUGCUAUCCAAGCAGUAGGAUUUCAGCCGACAAGAAAAAUAUUCAUUUCCGGCUUUGUCGUUACUUCGAAAAGCUGUCAUUGCGAAAGGUGUUGGCUAUCCAAGGCUUCCAGCAGUAGAUUAACAAACCGGAACGAUGGAGGAAAGUACGUCGAAAGGUGAAGAUGCAGGCAAUGAUCAUAAAAGUCCACCGAAAAAGGCAAGAAUUGACGAGCAGCAACCCUCGACCUCUUCAGCCACGACAUCGGCUGCAGCAUCCGCUGAAGUUCCUUCCAAUGGCGAAUCUGUAUCUAAUGGCGAAAAUGCAAACGGAGAGGAAAGGCCAAGUCCGGUACAACCUCCACGAUCCACUAGAGGCACCAGACCAGGUUUAUCGUUGUUUGAGAUGCUGGAGGCCACCUCGGACAGUCCCCGCUGGCAACAGCUCAUCGAAGGUCGGUUUGGUGUGAACGAAGAUGAUAUGCCUCCCCGUGAGGAGCAGCCACCCAGAGCAGAAGCAGCAAAUGAAACAAACGCGCUGGCCGUCGCAAAUCCGCCGGCUGCUUCAAGCAGCUCAAACCGGCCACCUAGCAGGGGCCGGCAGGAAUUGGAUCGGCUGCGUAGAAAUGUGCGUCGUUUGGCCUACGCAAGCAUUUUUAAUCGAGAUGUCAACGAGGCACAUGAACAGGAUGAUGACGAUUCAUCCGAUGAUGACGAUUACGAUCUCAACGAUCCAGAGGUAGCAGGUCGCAUGAGGGAAGAGCUCACCAAUGACAUAGCGGAGCUGUUUGCGCCACCACAGUUUUUCGAUGAACAAGCAGAGAGCUCCGAUAAUAGCUCCGACGAUGUUCCCGGAGGACUAGUCCCGCACCUCGUGGAAAACAUUGACGUAGGUGCGAUGGACUAUGCCAGUGAGGAAAGUUUCAGUGAUUCAUCUUCCGAUUCCUCAAUGUCGUCGAGUAGUGAAGAAUCUUUCCCAGGCUCUACUGAAUCGGAGACAGCUGUCGAAGAUAAUCCGGAUCCUGCUGAAUUGGUGGACAUGAAAAACAUUACUUGCAUGAUGUUUGACGAUUUAAAGGACAACUGGAAUAUGAUGCGUGACAUACAACAGCGACAGUAUGGGCUUCCGCUGCGAGCGACAGCAUCCUCCCACGGUGGUCGCUACACUCCGGGCCAGUUUCAAAAACGUGCUUACAGUUCGAUGCACGUGAUGAAACGAUUGGGGCUGCUGCACCGCUUGGAAGCUCAUACGGGUUGCGUGAACAGUCUGAGCUUCAACUCGUCCGGUAAGCUGCUUGUAAGCGGAUCGGACGACCUGCACGUCAACCUUUGGCAGUGGGAGUCAAGGAAACUGUUGAAAUCGAUCAACAGCGGGCACCGCUUGAACGUGUUCCAGACGAAGUUCAUGGAGUACAAGGGCUACGAAGGGGAGCUGGAAAUCAUCUCGACUGGACGCGAUGGGCAGGUGCGUCACACGCGUGUCGAUCCGUCCGGGCGAUCCAACACGGAGUUGCUAUUCCGGGGCCAUUCGCCAAUUCACAAGAUUGCUAUACCGGCGCGCAAUGAGUUCUCCUUUAUGACGGCCGGCGAAGACGGGAAGGUGCGCAUCUACGAUCUACGGCAGGGCAAGCAGGAGAUGUUGAAAAAACUGCACCGACCGCUCUACAGCAUCGCAACACAUCCGUACGAUUCGGAGUUUUGCAUUGCGGGCGGUGACUCAUACGUCCGGGUUUACGAUAUGCGCAGCGUAACGAAGCCACUAAGAUUGCUCGUAUCUCAGCGCUACACCACACAGGAAGACACGCGGGGGACGGAAAGCAUCACUUGCGCGGUGUACAAUGAAAACGGCAAGGAAAUUCUUGCCAGCUUCAGUGAUGACGACAUCUAUUUGUACGAUAAUACCUCAACGCAAUCGGUGGUGAAACCUACCAAUCGGUACCAGGGACAUCGCAAUUCUCAAACGAUUAAGGGUGUCAACUUCUUCGGCCCUCACUCGGAGUACGUGGUGAGCGGAAGCGACUGUGGCUACGUGUACAUUUGGGAGAAGAGCAGCCAGGUCAUCGUUAACUGGAUGCAUGGCGACCGCCGGGGUGCCGUAAAUUGCCUCGAACCGCACCCCGAGUUCCCCAUUCUGGCUACCUCCGGUGUGGACAAGGACAUCAAAAUCUGGGUACCAAAGGGCCCGAAAGAAGACCAGAAGGUACCGAUGUUCCAAACCCACGAUCUCCGGCGCAUCGUGCGGCGCAACAUGUUCGAGCGCCGGAACACUUUCAUGCACCCGCGGCUGUUGCGGCUGGCCACACCGUCACUGUCGGCGUACCUUGCCUCGUCAAACAACUUCCGGCAGCGGUUGGCGCAGGUUCGAACGAAUCGCAGAAAUCGGGCGAACAAUGGCAACAACGAUAUGGACGAUGAGCCGGAAGAUUCGCCCCAUCAAAUGUUGCGCUGUAAUCCAUCUUAAGGGGAUCUUAAGCUGGGGGGCCAGUUGGAAGAUCGAUUCGCAAGAAACUAAAGUGAAGGCAGUAUUUAAAGGAGAAAUAGCUGCGUAAGCAUUUUAUCGGUAAAUCCUGGUGCAAACAAUACCCGCACGACCGACGCUCGUUUGUUUAAGUUAUCGGUAUUAAAAUACCGCUUUUUUGUUUGCUUCCGUUACUUUACCAUCAUGAGCUUUUAAGUUGUCUCUAUUUGUAAGGUAUAAUCCCCCUGGAGAAAUCAAAUAUUUAGAAUAAAAAUGUCUAAUGCUAAAAA